AUGGUCGUGAAGGAUCUCGUCCUUAUUGGCGGAGGUCACAGCCACGUGGUGGUGCUCAAGAGCUUCGCCAUGAAGCCGAUGCCAGGUGUCAGGCUCACAUUGGUCACGUGGGACGUGCACACCCCCUACAGCGGCAUGCUGCCAGGCUUCGUUGCUGGCCACUACACGUACGACGACUGUCACAUUGACCUGCGCCCCUUGGCUCAACUCUCCAACGCCCGCCUGCUGCACUGCUGUGCCUCUGGCAUCGACCUGGAGCAGCGAGCAGUGGUGCUGGCAGAUGGGCGUCCUCCUAUCCGCUAUGACGUUCUGUCCAUUGACAUUGGGAUCACUCCCCUGGUAUGCCGUCACCUCACGUGCUGGCGUCACACCACUGCCUCUGCUGCACUGCUGCGCCACUCUGGCAUGGACCUGGAGCAGCGAGCUGUGGUGCUGGCGGAUGGGAGUCCUCCUCUCCGCUACGACGUGCUAUCGAUCGAUAUUGGGAUCAGCCCGCUGCGAGCUGUGGUGCUGGCGGAUGGGCGUCCUCCCAUCCGUUAUGACGUGCUUUCCAUUGGUAUUGGGAUCACAACUCUGGUAACCACACUGAACUCCUUGGUUGGUAGUAGCCAAUGCCGCACUGCUGUGACUCAGGUCUGGACCUCAAUCACCGUACUGCACCAUGGCACUCGCCCAACACGCAUCUCCUUUUCCACCCCAUGUGAGCAGCAAUCAGUACCAGGAGCCAAGGAGCUCACCCUCCCAGGGAAGCCCAUCGACUCCUUCACUCACCGCUGGGUUGUGUGUGGUGUGGGUGGAGUCAAAGGGUAUAGUGGAGUCAAAGGAUUGGAGUGUGCCUUGUGCCUUCCACUCUCCGGCCCACUCCCAUCUUCCCCCUCUUCCACCCUAUCUGAGCAGCAAUCAGUGCCCGGUGCGAAAGAGCUCACCCUCCCAGUGAAGCCCAUCGACUCCUUCACUCACCGCUGGGAGGCCCUUCGGUCACGCAUCCUCUCCCUCGCCGCUGUGAGUAGCAGCAUGAGACGACGAGGAGUGGAGAGCGGUGGAGGGAGAGGGGAUAGAGAGGGGGCGGUGGAUGGAGCGGAAGGGGAGGUCGGCAGGGGAAGCGGCAGUGGGGCUGGUGGAGGGGAAGGAAGAGAGUCGGCUCAAGAUGGGUCCGCAGUGCAAGGAGGGGUGCUUGUUCUUGAAGGGGGAGAGGAGGUGGAGUUUGAUGAGUGUGUGUGGUGCACGCAGGGCGGUGCAGCCUCGUGGCUGGCCCAAACAGGCCUGGCUCUCGACAAUAACGGUUUUAUCCGAGUGGGGGAGACACUGGAGUCCAUCAGCCAUAAAGGGGUGUUCGCAGCAGGGGACAUCCACUCGUCUGACGUUUACCCGCGGCCCAAGGCAGGCGUGUUUGCAGUGCGGCAGGGCAUGCCCCUGGCCAAAAACUUGAGGAGGGCGCUUCUGGAUCAGCCGUUGAAGCCCUUUCGACCCCAAAAAACCUUCCUGAGUCUCAUCAGCACUGGUGACCAGUACGCGGUCUUCUCUCGGGGAUCUCUGGCCUUUGAAGACAGGCUUAUGUGGACGCUCAAGGACCGGAUUGAUCGAGCCUUCAUGAGGCAGUUCAGCCAACUCCCUGCUAUGCCAUCGCCCCCACUCCCCACCAUCCCCAUCGCACACACGGCGGGCCCUGAAGCGCUCCUGGCACUCAAAAGCAUGCCCAUGCGCUGUGGUGGUUGUGGCUCCAAGGUCGGCUCGUCCCUUCUCUCCCGCGUCCUCACGCGUCUCUCCGCCCUCCCCAGCCGCCCACCUGGCCGCCCGGAAAUUCUCCUGGGGCUUGACUCACCUGACGAUGCUGCUGUGCUGGCGAUACCACAUGACAGCACGGGCGGCAGACAGAGCCCAGUUGUGGUGCAAACAGUUGAUUUCUUCCGCUCUUUCCUCUCCGACCCACACACUUUUGGUCGCAUCGCUGCCCUCCAUGCUCUCAGUGACUGUUUCGCCAUGGGUGCUGAUCCCGUCUCAGCGCUCGCUAUAGUCACACUGCCCUAUGGAACAGAGGAGAAGAUGGAGGAGGAUCUAUUUCAGCUCAUGGCAGGGGCCAUCCGCGAAUUGGAUGCUGCCACGUGUCAGCUGGUGGGAGGGCACACGGUGGAGGGUGCUGAGCUGUCGCUGGGGUUCGCUGUCACGGGAUUGGCUGACAGAGACAGGCUUUUGAGAAAGGCGGGCAUGUGUGCAGGAGAUGCCAUCAUUCUCACCAAGCCCAUCGGCACAGGAGUCAUCUUUGCAGCCAACAUGCGAUGCAAGGCCAAGGGACGGUGGGUGGAUGGGGCGAUUGAUAGCAUGCUGGUAUCCAACCAGAAAGCAGCGGCCAUUGCAUUGCAACACGGGGCCUCUGCUGCUACCGACGUCACAGGGUUUGGCUUACUAGGCCACCUGGUGGAAAUGACAACAGCAUCUCGAGUUAAAGUCACCGUCGAUCCCUCUACAGUUCCAAUUCUGGACGGUGCACUGGAGUGUGUGGAGGAGGGCAUUUUCAGCUCCCUGCAGGAUUCGAACCUGCACCUUCGACGAGCAAUCACCAACUAUGAAGAGGCCUCCGCCCAUCCGCUCACUCCACUCCUCUUCGACCCGCAGACAGCAGGAGGGCUGCUCCUUUCUGUCCCCCAAGCCACAGCCACGCAAUGUUUGCUAGCUCUGCACAGGGAGGGGUACCCUGCUGCUGCUGCGAUUGGUGGAGUAGUAUCCUCUUCAGCAGGAGAGGCAAGUGAGAAUGCCUCUGUUACUAUAGAGUACAUGCAGUAA